UAUAAAAAGCAAACUAUGAAGAUCAUAUGGACCUGCGACAAUAUGAAGUACACAUGGAAUAUAGUGGUGGCAGUGAUUAUAAAUCUAACCAUUUUUGUGGCUGACUUAUCCCAAGUCCAUGCUGGAGCCACGGAGGAGCAAAUGCAGGCAGCUGGUAAACUGAUGCGUGAUGUCUGUCUACCCAAAUACCCCAAAGUUACGGAGGACAUAGCCAAUGAUAUUAAGAAUGGCCAACUACCCAAUAACAAGGAUGCCAAUUGCUAUGUCAAUUGUAUCCUUGAGAUGAUGCAAGCGAUUAAAAAGGGAAAAUAUCAAUUGGAAUCCACAUUGAAACAGGUGGAAAUUUUAAUGCCGGAAAGCUAUAAGGCAGAGUACCGGGCAGGAGCACAAGCCUGCAAAGAUGCCACCAAUGGCAUUAAGAAUUCUGGAAAUUGUGAUGCGGCCCAUGCUCUAUUGACCUGUUUUAAGAACAACAUUAAAAUCUUUGUCUUUCCCUAAGCAAACAUGAGAAAGACAGAGAUAGCAAACGAUCGAACGAGAAAGAGAAAUGGGAAAUGGUACCCCUAAUCCUAAUCGUAACACUAGACCCAUCCUCUAUAUAUGUAUGUAUAUGUAUGUACUUGUAUUUGUAGAGUGUAAAGUCCAAUAAAAUUUAGUUGUAAACUGUGUGCAAUAUGAA